AUGUCAAGCACAGCUCCAUCAAAGAAGCCUUACCGCAAGGCACCCCCGCAGCAUCGCGAGAUCCGCCAUGAGGUACCCAUCAUUCGUGAUGACCAGGAUGGAGAACCCUUGACGGAUGCAGAAAGAAUGAAGCUACUGCAACAUGAGAAUGAGGAGCUGCGCCGACGGCUGACAUAUGUGACUAACAAAAUGGAGGCGAUGGAGAGGGAGCUGGAGUCAGGUCAGGACUACCUGGAGAUGGAGCUGGGCCAGAACCGUGAGGAGCUGGAGAAAUUCAAGGACAAAUUCCGUAGGUUGCAGAACAGCUACACUGCUUCCCAGAGAACCAACCAAGACCUGGAGGAGAAGCUGCAUGCCUUGGCCUCUCUCAGCCAAAGCUGGAUUUUUGCAAUUAAAAAGGCAGAGAUGGACCGCAAGACGCUGGACUGGGAGAUUGUAGAGCUCACUAAUAAAUUGCUUGAUGCCAAAACCACCAUCAAUAAGCUGGAGGAACUCAAUGAACGCUAUCGACAGGACUGUAACCUUGCAGUACAGCUGCUCAAGUGUAACAAGUCCCACUUCAGGAACCACAAGUUUGCUGAUCUUCCCUAUGAGCUGCAGGACAUGGUCAAUAAGCAUUUGCACAGCACUCAGGAGUCUGCAGGCCCUGGUCAAGAGGCAACCCACACCUUGGCUCCAUCUGAUGUUGUGCCCACGUCAGUCAUUGCCAGAGUCUUGGAGAAACCAGAAUCUCUGGUUCUGAAUUCAGCCAAGUCUAGCAGCGGCAGCUGUCCCAUGGCUGAGGAUGUCUUUGUGCAUGUGGACAUGAGUGGAGCCCCUCCUGAUGCCUGCAACAGUGCAGGGCAGAUGGGGAAGGAGGGAGGAGAUGUGGGGAAACAGCAGAAUGGUGGCUGCAAGCCGCAGAGCAGUGUGGAAAGCGUGCCAGAGGAGGUGCCUGCCUUUGAGAAGCUAAGCCCAUACCCUACACCCUCACCUCCCCAUCCUAUGUACCCUGGGCGCAAAGUGAUUGAGUUCUCUGAGGACAAGGUAAGGAUCCCAAAGAACAGCCCCCUGCCCAACUGUACCUAUGCUACACGCCAGGCCAUCUCCCUCAGCCUGGUACAGAGCGAAGAUGAGAGCUGCGACAGGCACCGGACAGUCCCCAACAGCCCUGCUUCAGCCCAGAGUAGCCCAUUCAGCAGCCCUCCCCAAAUCCCGAGCGCCUUUGCCAGCUCCGCCAGCUCUGAGGAGGACCUGCUGGCCAACUGGCAGCGUAUGUUUGUGGACAAGGCACCCCCCACCUCAGAGCGGGUGCUGAUGAACCGCACGGCCUUCAGCCGUGACACGGCCCCUGAGCUCCAGAAGAGGUUCAGCCGCUCCAUGCAGGAGCUGGGUAGGGCAGCCUCAGCUUACUCGGAUGCCCAGAAGCUGUUGCAAGAAACCAGUGGAGGCACUGCUGAGCCUGGAAGCCCCUCACCAGAGAAGCACAAGGACUAUGUGGAUCUUGGCUUGCCUGAGAGCCCAGCUGAGGAGAGAGAAAUGUUGCUCCAGGGAAGCAAGGAGAGCAACCAAGGAGGUGCCCAAGAGGAAAGUGGAGAAGGCAGGGUCAAGCCUCCCUUCGGUCGGCCGCACCGCAGCCCCAAGAGGAUGGGGGUCCACCACUUACAUCGCAAGGACAGUCUGACGCAAGCCCAGGAGCAGGGCAACCUUCUCAGCUGA